CUAGUAUUUAAACCCCCCAUGUAUUUUGGUUCUAUGCUGUCUAUAGGGGCUGGCAGUGGCACUAUAAAACAGCCUGACAAACCAUCAACAUCACACCAAAUAAGAGGAGAACGACAGCAAGAUGUCCAGUUCCAGAAAAGUGGUUGAAUUGUUCUAUGAUGUUGUUUCUCCUUAUUCCUGGCUGGCAUUUGAGGUGCUGUGUCGCUACAAAAAUGUUUGGAACAUUGACCUCAAAUUUAAACCAUCAUUUUUAGGAGGAGUUUUUCACGGUUCAGGUAACACUGAACCUGGAAUGGUCGACAAUAAGCUACAUUAUAUGAUUACAGAUCUGAAACUGAUGUCUGAGUACUAUGGGGUCCCUGUGAAUCCACCUUCACCUUGUAAGAAAGAUACUUUGCCUGCAAUGCGCUUUGUGACUGCUAUAGCGGAGAAAAACCAAGAGGAAAAUGUCCUGUUGGAGAAGGUUUCUAGAGAGCUCUGGAAACGAAUGUGGCAAAAGCAUCAGGACAUUACCCAGCCUUUCUCACUCACUGAGGCAGGAUUACAGGCAGGUCUCUCAGCCAAUGAGGUGGAAAAAUUGCUGACCAAUGCCAAAUCUCAGCCAAUUAAAGACAAGCUGAAGAGUGUCACACAGGAAGCACUGGAGAAAAAUGCCUUUGGUCUUCCAUUCAUUGUGUGCCAUGUUAACAGUAAGGUUGAGGUUUUCUUUGGAUGUGACAGAUUUGAGCUCAUAGCUCAUUGCAUAGGGGAGAAGUGGGCAGGGCCUUGUCCAAUCAAGACCACAAUGUGAUGCUUCUGCUCCAUACUGUAUAUAUUUCUUUAUACUAUACAGUGCUGAUAGAAAAUCAUCAUACCCUGUGAAUCCUUUAUGAUGAAGUUGUAGAAGGCACAGGUUAGGAGAAGACUACAAAAACAUUUCAAAGGCCUGAAAAGUUGAUUUGAUUUCAGGCUGUAUGACAAAUAAAGUCACUAUUUCAAAGGGGUAUGAUGAUUUUCUGUAGGCACUGUAUAUAAUAGGGUUACAUGAGUUGCUACACUAAGCUUAUAAUGAUGAUCUUCAAUCGGAGCUUUUGAGUUUCGCAGGAACCUCUCAUUCGCUAUAUAUUAUUAUAUAAUGCUUUUCCAGGAUAAGUCAAGUAGCCUGAUUAAAACAUUAAGAUCACAAAAUAUAAGCUAUUCUUUAAGACAUAUGUUUUAAUGGGUGAGAACAAAAGCGGUAAAUACAUUACUUUUUCAAGUGACUUGUCUAGUGACUUGUGAUAUGUCUAGUACACAGCAGUCAACAAGUGAUUCAGUUCAGUUAAAUUCAGUUUUUUCUUUCAAGUUGUACUAAAACUAAUGAACAACACCCACUCUUGUCUUACAUUUAAUAAAUUUUUUAUCCACUUCAAA